AUAAAAAACGUAAAUCAGAGAAAUAACACAAAUAUUAUUAGUUACUCUUAUUAAAUAUAAAAAUGCCUCGAAAGCGGAAAUCGGCGCUGUCAAGAAAUUCUACGCCGGUGCGUAAGGCUAAAGUUACACGAAAUAAAGAAUGUGAAGUUCAAGCAGAGCUGAGAAGGCAACAGCAAGCAGAUCGACAACGUGUUUUGAGAGCAGCUGAAACUUCUCAUCAGGCACGAGUACGUUCGAAAAGACAAGCUAAGCAGCAGGAAGCUAGAAGAGCAACGGAAACGCAAGAACAAUUGCAGGCAAGAAAAAUUAAUGAUGCAGAAGUAAGAACCACGCGUCGUCGUAAUUUAAUAACUAAGAAUUGGUCUGUAUUUAUUGGUACUGGUUUUCAAUAUGAUCCUUUAGAAAUAAUGAUCAGCAUAAAUUUUUGCAGGUGUAUUUUAUGGGUGAUGAGCAAAAUGAAGUAAAUCGUCGUUGCCAGUAUAUAGAUGGAGUAGAAAGAGAAACAACGAAUGUUACACAGUCACAAUGAUUUGGUGAAGAUUUUUAAAAGUGCGAUAGACAACUGGCCUUCAGAUAAUUACAAAGUUGUCAUUCAUGCUGAUCGAACUCCACGUGGUGAACAUGAGAGGCGUUAUAAUGCACCAAUGGUCAAUGAAGUCGCUGUUUUGGUUACUGGUGACCCGUGCUCACCUCAAGACAUAGAGUUACGAGAACAUGAUAAUGCGUUAAAGCGCGUAGCUGAUACUCAUAAAUUUUAUGAUGCUUUGCAGUAUCCAUUAAUUUUCAGUAAAGGUGAAUUAGGAUAUCAUUUCAAUAUUUCAGUCAUCAAUCCGACAACGAACGAGCCAAUUCAAAAUAAAAAAGUUUCCUGUAUGGACUUUUAAGCGUAUUAUAUGAUGCAUCGAGAGCAUGACUUCAAUCUUCUUCUACGUACAAGGCAACUCUUCAAUCAAUGUUUAGUAGAUAUGUAUAUUAAAGUGGAGAGUGAACGUCUUCGUUACAUUUCUCUAAAUCAGAAAAAAUUACGUGCUGAAAAUUACAUACAUCUACAAGAUGCGAUUAACGCAAAUGACAAUAUUAGACCUAAUGACAUUGGCAAAAUGGUUAUUCUGCCAUCCACUUUUGUGAACAGUCCACGUUAUCUGCAUGAGUACACUCAAGACGCAUUUACUUAUGUACGAACUUAUGGAAGGCAUGACCUCUUCGUAACUUUUACCUGUAAUCCUUCGUGGCAGAAUGUAACUCAAGAACUUAUGCCUGGUCAAAAAGCAACUGAUCGUCACGAUAUAGUUGCUCGCGUAUUUCGUUUAAAGGUUCAGAAGUUAAUGAACGUUGUGACAAAAGGAAAAAUUUUUGGAGACGUUGAGUGCCAUAUGUACUCCAUUGAAUGGCAAAAACGAGGUCUACCACAUGUGCACAUAUUGAUUUGGUUAAAACAGAAGCUACUUCCUAAUCAAAUAGACAAAAUAAUUAGCGCUGAAAUUCCAGAUACAGAAGAAGAUAAAAAUCUGUACGACACGGUUAUUAAAAACAUGAUUCACGGUCCCUGUGGAACUCGAAACCCUGCAUCACCUUGCAUGAAAGAUGGCAAGUGUUCAAAAAAAUAUCCUCGAGAACUGAUUAGAGAAACAGUUCAUAGUGAUAAGGGUUACCCGUUAUAUAGACGAAGGGCGCUUGCUGAUGGUGGUAAACAUGUUAACAUUCGGACUCACAGUGCGGAAUUAAAGAGUUUUGAUAUUAGCAGGGUUGUGCCCUAUUCGCCAAUUUUGUGUAAAAUUUUCAACGCACACAUAAAUGUUGAAGCAUGUAAUUAUGUACGUGCGAUUAAGUAUAUAUGCAAGUAUAUCAAUAAAGGAAGUGAUCAGGCAAUCUUCAAUUUGCAUAAUAAAGAUGCUGUGCAGGUCCACAAUGAAAUACAAACCUACCAAGCGGGAAGAUAUGUUAGUAGCAACGAAGCGGCAUGGCGGCUUCUUGGCUUUCCACUGCAUGAAAGAUAUCCUACUGUUAUACAUCUUGCAGUACAUUUAGAAAACGGACAGCGUGUUUUUUUUAAUGACAAUAAUUUUCAAGACAGAGUUUUGUCUCCCCCUGAGACAACACUGACUGCGUUUUUCAAGUUUUGUCAGAAUGAUAAUUUUGCAAAGACAUUAUUGUACUCUGAGGUCCCCCGUUAUUAUAGAUGGAACAACUCAAACAAACAAUGGCAACGUCGCAUUCAAGGUACACCUGUAGAAAAUCAACCUGGGGUUAAAGUAUCAGAUGCUCUUUGUCGUUUCUAUACCGUGCACGUUACAAAUUUCGAAUGCUUUUGUCUGCGUAUGUUAUUGCACCAUGUUAGAGGUCCAAUUAGCUUUGCAGAUCUUAAAAUUGUUAAUGGUCAGAGAUGUCAAACAUACAGAGAAGCAUGUGAGGCAAGAAAAUUGUUAGAAAACGAUAAUCAUUGGGACAAAACUAUGGAGGAAGCCGUACAAUGUCGAUCACCAGAUAGAAUAAGGGAACUUUACGCUACACUUUUAUCAUCUUGCGGUAUUUCUAACCCUCAAACUCUUUGGGAUCAGUACAAAGAAUACAUGGCUGAAGAUAUUUUACAUCAACUUCAGCAAGUACAAACAGAUAUGACUUUCAAUGAAAAUAUUUACAACAAAACGCUAAUUCUAAUUGAAAACAAGGUUUUUACAAUGGUUGGGAAAAACUUAGAUGAUUUUGGAAUGAAAAGUCCUCGAAGAGAUAAUGAGGAUGAUUUUAACAAUGAAAUUGCUCGAGAGCAAAAUUAUGAUUUCAUAGCACUGCAGCAACAAGUUGAAGAAUUAAUCCCUCAUUUACUUCCAGAGCAAGCUCAUGUUUUCCGUCAACUUUUAUAUAGAAUAGAAUCCGGCAAAGGUGGAGUCUUCUUUCUCGAUGCACCAGGAUGAACAGGAAAAACGUUUUUGCUCAACUUAUUAUUAAUGUACAUCAGAAAAAACAGACAAAUAGCAGUUGCAGUAGCUUUUUCGGGUAUUGCAGCAACGCUUUUAAACGGCGGCCAUACGGCACAUUCCGUUUUGAAAUUACCAUUAAAUCUUGCACAGGAAGAUUCACCCAUCUGUAAUUUCAGUAAAAAUAGUUCUCGAGGUAGGAUGCUGCGAGAAUGUAAGCUUUUAGUGUGGGAUGAAUGUACAAUUUCUCACAAAAAGGUUAUAGAAGCUUUAAACAGAACUCUUUAGGACCUGCGAGAUAGUACGGAUAUAAUGGGAGGAAUGGUAGUUUUACUGGCUGGUGAUUUUCGACAAACUCUUCCGGUUAUACAGAGGGGAACACCAGCAGAUGAAAUUCAAGCAUGCUUAAAAUCAUCAAGCUUAUGGUCGAGAGUUGAAAAACUCAGUCUCAAAACGAAUAUGAGAGUGUAUCUUCAUAAUGACGUGGAUUCGGGACUUUGAGUUUUUAAAUUCAUUUGAACUGUCGGGUGUACCAUCACAUAAGCUUAAAUUGAAACUAAAUGUACCAGUGAUGCUUAUGCGAAAUUUAAAUGCUCCUUUGCUAUGUAAUGGAACACGACUUCGGAUAACGAAAUUGGGACAGAACAUACUUGGCGCUACUAUAUUAACAGGUGUUGGUAAAGGAAAAAGUGUGAUCAUACCUCGGAUUCCAAUUAUUCCCACUGACCUUCUAUUCAAAUUUAAAAGAGUUCAGUUUCCCGUCAAGCUUAGCCUUGCCGUAACUAUAAACAAAGCACAAGGGCAAACAUUAAAAGUGGCAGGAGUGCAUUUAGAAAAGUCAUGCUUUUCACAUGGUCAACUAUAUGUAGCCUGUUCGCGUGUAUCUAAUGCCCGAAAUUUACACAUAUUUGCACCAAACGGAAAAACGUAUAAUAUAGUUUAUAAAAAUAUA